GGGAGAGAUUAAUCCCCUUGGGAACCCCCACUCUGAAGUUAGGGACCGUUCACCGUGGAACCGGACCGGACUGGAAUCCAGCACCGGAGACCACGGCUGUGUUCGGACGGUGAAGGACCAGAGAGGAGGAGGACGUCGCCAUGUUCGCCCUAUCGGAGCUGACGUGCCUCCACGAGCCCUCCAGCGGCUCCAAGCUGCUCAAGCCCUGGUGGGAGGUCUUCAUGGACUGCCUGGUGGUCCUCAUGCUCAUGCUGUCCGUCCUGGCCGGCACCCUGCUCCUCUCCCGGGACAAGGUGGUGUGUCUCCCCGUGGUGGACGCCGCUGCCACCGCCGCCUCCUCCACCGACACCCGCACUAACCACAGCUCGCCCGCAGGUGGCGGUGUGCCCGUGGAAAUCAACCCGAGCGGAGAGACGUCAGCCCGGCCGGCAAAGCGCAAACCUCUGGUCUAUCAGCAGUACGUCUUCAUCAGUCAGGUGUGUUACCACCAGGCGUUGCCAUGGUACUCCCGCUUCUCCCCCUACAUGGCCCUGCUGCAGACUCUGCUCCUAUUGGCCAGCGGCUCCUUCUGGCUCCACCUCCCGCUCACCUCCGCCCGCGUUGAGCAUUUCCUGGCCGUGCUCGCCAAGUGCGUGGAGUCGCCGUGGACAACGCGCUCCCUCUCACAUGCCGCGCUGCACGAGACCACGGCCAAGCCGCCGGAGGGGGCGGGGUUUAGGGACCACAAGGCACCGCCCCCGGGCACACCCACCCCUCCCCACGCCCGCCACCGCUACAGCGUGGACUCCGGCACCGACAGUCCCUCGCUUGGGAGGGCGACGGCUCCUCUAGGCCCCGCCCCUCCCUCCGUGGCCCCGCCCCCCGGCCCCAGGGGCGUGGCCCCGGCUGCGGGGGCGGGAGAGCGGGCGGGGCAGGGCGGGGUCAGCCUGGACCGCAGUGACAGCGAGCAGGCCCGGGCGCUCUUCGAGAGGGUCCGCAAGUUCCGGGCGCACUGCGAGAGCUCCGACGUCAUCUACAAGGUGUACGUGUCCCAGACGCUCUUCAAGCUGCUGGCGUCGGGGAUGAUCGUGGGGCUCAGCGCGCCCCUGCUGGGCUCCAUGGCCUUCACCCACGUGUGUCAUCCCGGGAAGGAGGGCGAGCUGUUGGGCUACAGCACCUUCCAGUGCGCCCACACCCUGGCCUCGCUGCUCCACAAGCUGCUGCUGGCCUACCUGCUGCUGCUGGCCUCCUACGGCCUGCUCAACCUCUACGCCCUGGGCUGGAUCGCACACAGCUCCCUGAGGCAGUACUCCUUCAGCAUGCCCCGGGACCCCACUCCUCUGGGAGACGUCCCGGACCUCACCAACGACCUGGCCUUCCUGCUGCACAUGGCGGACCAGUACGACCCCCUACUGGCCCAGCGCCUCUCCGUCUUCCUGUCCCCCGUCAGCGAGACGCGCCUGCUGGAGGAGAACCUGGAGAGGCGCUGGGGGCCCGAGGAGCUGCGGGCCCUGGUGGUGGAGGACCCCGAGGGGGGCCCCGGGCUGACCUUGGGGGCCCUGCCCCGCCUGCCCCCCGCCCUCUACACCCUGGGACACCUGCGGACGCUGCGGCUGGAGCGGGUCGCCCACGCACGGCUCGGCGCGCAAGUCGCUGCCAUGGCCUCACUCAGGGAGCUCCACCUGGACCACUGCCCCCUGGCGCUGGAGCCCGGGGCGCUGGCCUUCCUGCAGGAGCACCUGGAGGUCCUUCAGCUGUCCUUCAGCGCCGCCUCGGAGCUCCCCGCCUGGGUCUACAGCCUCCGCAGCCUCCACCAGCUGCACCUGUCCGGCCCGCUGGGCUGCGAGGGGCCGGGGGGCCGCGGCUGGGCCCUGGGGAGCCUGCGCCCGCUGCGCCGCCUGCGGGUGCUGGUGCUGCGGGGCGCCCUGCAGAGGAUCCCCGCGGAGCUGGCCGAGGUGGCGGGGGGCCUGGCCCGCCUGGAGCUCCACAACGGGGGGCUGCGCCUGCUGGCCUCCGGCGGGCUGAAGCGCCUGGCCGGCUUGGCCGAGCUGCGGCUCAGGGACUGCCGUCUGGACCGGCUGCCCGGCGGGCUGGCCGCCCUGCCCCGCCUCCGGACCCUGGACCUGGGCCACAACGACCUGCAGAGCCUGGAGGACCCCCCGGGGCUGGGGCCGCUGUGGGCGCUCACCGGCCUCACGCUGGACCACAACCGCCUGCUGCUGCUGCCGCCCGGCGUGGGGGCGCUGCGGGGGCUGGAGCUCCUGGACCUGGCCUUCAACCAGCUCCAGAGCCUGCCCCCGGCGCUGUUCACGCUGCCCAGCCUGAGGAGGCUCCUCCUCGGGGGGAACCUGUUGCGGGCGCUGCCCCCCGCCGUGGGGGAGCUGCGGCGGCUGGCGGAGCUGGACCUCAGCGAGAACCGGCUGGAGCGGCUCCCCGCCGAGCUGUUCUGCUGCUCGGAGCUCCGGGUCCUCGGCGCCGCCCACAACGCCCUGGGGGCCCUGCCGCCCGCCGUGGGCCGCCUGGGGCUGCUCUGCCGGCUGGACCUGAGGGGCAACCCCCUGGAGGACCUCCCCCCCGAGCUGGCCACCUGCCCCGGGCUGCGGGGCAGUGGCGGGGGCGCCGGGGGUCUGGUGGUGGAGGACCGCCUGCUCCGCACCCUGCCCUGCUGGGCCCGGGACCUCCUGGUCCAGACCCCCGCCCCCGCCUCAGGCCCCCCGUCCCGACCCGGUUCUGGCAUCUUCCCCCCGUCCCGUCCAGGCUCCGGGACGUUCCCACGGUUCUCCACCAACCAGUGGAACUUCCACUCAGCCCUGGAGUCCCGGAUAUAGAGCCGGGUUCAUAGAGACUGAAGUAUAGAGACGUCAUCGUAGAGACUACAUCAUAGAGACGGUUCAUAGAGACGACAUCAUAGGGACGGUUCAUAGAGACGACAUCGUAGAGACUACAUCAUAGAGACGGUUCAUAGAGACGACAUCAUAGGGACGGUUCAUAGAGACGACAUCGUAGAGACUACAUCAUAGAGACGGUUCAUAGAGACGACAUCAUAGGGACGGUUCAUAGAGACGACAUCGUAGAGACUACAUCAUAGAGACGGUUCAUAGAGACGACAUCGUAGAGACAGCAUCAUAGAGAUGGUUCAUAGAGACAGCAUCGUAGAGACUACAUCAUAGAGACGGUUCAUAGAGACGACAUCAUAGGGACGGUUCAUAGAGACGACAUCGUAGAGACUACAUCAUAGAGACAGCAUCGUAGAGACUACAUCAUAGAGAUGGUUCAUAGAGACUACAUCAUAGAGACGAUAUCAUAGAGACAGCAUCGUAGAGACUACAUCAUAGAGACUAUAUCAGAGAAUAUGUCCCGUUUGGUGUCACACAUAUGUGAGGACCGACCCAGCGAGAACAACAACAUUAACAUCAGUCAUUAUAUCGAUAUAGAGACGGAGGAAUCAAACCGCAAAUAAUUGUAGUCCUACUCUGCGUGUUAUUGCUGCAGUGAUUGUAAAGAAAUGCUUCUCGGUGCAAUCAAGGCUGAUCCUCUCUGGCCUCGAAGGUCUGACUGGCGGUUGUGUGGCCUUCGGCCCUUGUGGCUUCGUCUUACUCUGAUCUGUAGUCUGUGAGGUGGCGUUCACCGGUUAGGGUGAAUCCGUCUGACAUACAGAUUUUAUCUGAGAUAUACAGACUCUAUCGGAUCUAGAGACUCAUCAUAGUGACUAUAUCUUAGAGACUAGCCUAUUUCAGAGACUACAGGCCACCAAUGGUGCUAUCGCCUGGGUAUGUUCCUAACCCAGUCACCUCUUAUACACCCUACACACCCGGCCGGUACAUUUCUCAUACCUGGCUCUAAUUCUGUUGCUCUAAUUGUUUGUUUUCCUCGUCAUGGAGGAGCGGGAAUACUCUGACCCAGCAGUCGGAUGUGGGCUCAUUCUGGUGGGUCCCCGACGCGGAGUCAAUCAGGCUUCAAUGGGGGCUUUAGAAGCUCUGAGCGCUGGGAGGGGCUGUUUGUAGAGGUGUGUGUGUGUGUGUGUGUGUGUGUGUGUGUGUGUGUGUGUGUGUGUGUGUGUGUGUGUGUGUGUGUGUGUGUGUGUGUGUGUGUGUGUGUGUGUGUGUGUGUGUGUGUUUCUCUGUGUUUGUGCGUCUACGUAUGGGGGUGUGUGAGAGUUUGCGAGCGUGCGUGCAUGCAUGUGUGUGUUUGUUCGUGCGUGGAGGGGGGCGCGGUGUUUGUAGAGGCGGUUGAAAACCAACAGGAGCAGCCAGGAAGCGGCGGGCUAACGGAGCUAAGUGCUGCCAGCGCCGGACUCCAGCUUUCAUCCGUAAACGAUCUCCAUUCAUCAUCCGCCGGAGCGCUGAGUAGACUCCACAACGCGGCCUUUGAACGGGUCCGCUUAACGCCAUUAAUAACGCGAUGGAUUAAAUAUUGAGCCGUGAUGUUUUGUGUCAUGCGGCAGAUUUGUUUACCGUCGGCUCCGAGGUGGAAUUUAAGUUGAUUUGAAUGUUGUGUCUUAAAAAAAUCGAACGGUCAAUAAUAAAUCAUGGUAAAUAGGCUAAAUUAAGGAAAUAUUUUUUGUGGAUGAUAGCAAUUAAAUAAAACAAAUUCCAUUAAGGCUAAACAUAUUGACUGUGAUGUCCCAGAGUCAGUACCUUACUGCUGUUUUAUUGUUCAUACUAAAAUCACAUCCUUUUUAUCUUGUUGUGUUAUGUAGGUAUUGGUGGUCGUCUAUGAAAAAACAUGCAAACAAAUGUUAACAAUGUACAAACAAUAAAUAUAUCUUUUUUUAUAUUCCUCACAUUAAA